AUGUUCCAUGGAUUGCCAAGUGAAGACCCCAUUGACCACCUUGAUGAGUUUGAUAGGCUUUGUGAUUUGACAAAGAUCAAUGGUGUCUCUGAAGAUGCCAUCAAGCUGAGACUCUUUCCUAUGUCUCUAGCUGACAAAGCUCACCAAUGGGAGAAGAGCUUGCCCCAUGGCACAAUCACCACUUGGGAUGAAUGCAAGAAGGCCUUUCUUGCUAAGUUUUUCUCCACCGGUCGCACAGCCAAGCUUAGAGGAGAGAUAUCCAGCUUCAUCCAGCGAAACAAUGAGACAUUCGCAGAGGCUUGGGAGAGGUUCAAAGGCUACACAAGUCAGUGCCCACACCAUGGAUUCAACAAUGAAUCACUACUCUCCACUCUUUAUAGAGGAUGCUUGCCUAGGUAUAGGGAGAUGCUAGACACAGCUAGCAAUGGGAACUUCCUCAACCAGGAUGUAGAUGAUGGCUGGCAACUUGUGGAGAACAUAGCUAACUCAAAUGGAAGCUAUGGAGAAGAGUAUGAUCGCACCAACCGGAGCUCGACCCACCACUCGAUCGAGUCAGACGAAAAGUUGAGAAAAGAUGUUAAGGCAUUGAAUGAGAAGUUGGAUAAGCUGAUCCUAGCUCAGUCCACAAUGAAGAAAGUCAACUUUGUGUCUGCUGAGGAGAUGGAACCAGUCCAAGAAGGGGAGGAUACACAAUUUGCUGAGGUGUGCUACAUGAGCAAUGGGCAAGGAGGUUACAACAAAGGAUACUAUAACUACAAGUCCAACCCUGCCAUGUCAUACCGCAACACUGAUGUUGCUAACCCUCAGGACCAAGUAUAUCCUCAACAACAAGCAGCUCGAUCGAGUCAGGUGCCACAACAUGGGUAUGGUCAAAAGAACAAUUACCAAGGACCACAAGGCACUUUCCCUGGACAACAAAUGAAUAUCCCACCAGGCUUCCCCCACCAACCGCCCCAGCCUGCACCUUCACAAGAGAAUGAGCUCAAGGCAAUGCUAAAGCAACUACUUCAAGGGCAAGCUGAUGGGGUAGUGGACACAAGCAAGAAGCUAGCUGAAAUAAACUCUAAGAUCGAGAACCUCAACACAAGGGUUUACUCUCUGGAGAAUCAUGCUUCUUCUGUUGCUGCUGCUACAAAGCAAGGACAACUACCUGGUAAAGCUAUUCAGAACCCCAAGGAACAGUGCAAGGUCAUCUUCACUCAAGAAGGACUUGUUGAAGAAGAGGAUCAAGAAAGGGUCAUUGAAGAUUUUUGUUUACUGCUGAAUGAUGAAGAGAUUGUUGCUGCUGAGGCUCCUGGAGUCCAGAUUGAUCAACCAGAAGUGCAUGCACCUACUGUGGCCAUUCACACUUCACCAGUUGAGCUCCACGUUCUGAUAGACCACGAGCUGAUCGACUUGUUCAAGCCCCUUGUGUGCUUGAUGAAGAAAGCCUUCAAGCUUUGUUUGAUGAGCCACUAG